UUCACAAUAAUGGCAGAUUCGGUCGGACCAGGGAUUGUAGAGUGGUAUGGAGGCGGAGAUCGUCCUGGACACCGCUGUGGUUACUGUAAAAGUACCAAUACAAAUGUUUCUGAUGGAAUGUGGUCUCACAUUCUGACAGUGCAAGAUUAUCAGGACCUAAUAGACAGAGGCUGGAGGAGGAGUGGGAAGUACUGCUACAAACCCAAAAUGGACACAACAUGCUGUCCCCAUUACACGAUUAAAAUGGAAGCCCUCAAUUUCAAAAUGUCUAAAUCACAUAAGAAAAUCAUCAAACAGUUCAACAAAUUCAUCAUCCAUGGGAAGAAAAGAGGGGAGCAUGAAUCAGAAGAGGGGGGCAUGGAGGAAACAGAGGGAGGGAUUUUAAAAGGGGGAGGGACAGAGAAUGAGAGUAAGAAAGAACAAAGUGGCUCUAAAGAUUCUUCAGACAUAGAAAAAGUGAAGGAUACAGAUAAAGGCAAGGAGGAAACACAGACAAAACAGGAUAAAGCAACACCAAAGCCAGGACUUGGUGCUGAUCCUAACAAACCCAAAUGUAAGAAAGCUAAGGAACUCAGGAAGGAAAGAAAACUGUCAAAACAAAGUGAAAACCCACAACUAGAUAAACAGCCUUCACAAAAAUUACAAAAACAGAAAAACUCAGGGGAGAAAACUCUAGAAGAUCUACUGAAUGAACCAGACCAGGCAGAGAGCUGUGCUCAUAAAUUUGAGGUAAAAUUGGUCAGGGUUAAUCCUCCAUCUUCUGAGUUUGAGGACACUUACAGAGAGUCCCAUGGGGUGUUCAAGAGGUACCAGAUGGGGAUCCAUCAUGAAGAUGAAUGUGAUUGUUCGGAGGGACAGUUUGAUCAGUUCCUGUGUGAGGGACCCCUGGAGGAAGAAUAUAAGGAAGGAAGGCUUCCUAUGGGUUAUGGAUCAUUUCAUCAGCAGUAUUGGCUGGACGGACAGAUUAUAGCUGUGGGGGUCAUUGAUAUCCUCCCAAACUGUGUAUCCUCUGUGUACCUCUACUACCACCCAGACUAUGACUUCCUCAGCCUGGGUACCUACUCUGCUCUCAGGGAGAUUGCAUUUGUUCGUGAGUUGAACAAGAAAGACCCAGACCUUACUUAUUACUACAUGGGAUACUACAUCCACUCCUGUCCUAAGAUGAGAUACAAGGGACAGUAUUAUCCAUCCUAUUUACUCUGUCCUGAGGUUUAUUCCUGGCACCCUAUUGAGGAGUGUGCCCCAAAACUGGAUAAAAACAGGUACUCCAGGUUUGCUGACCCUGAUAAAGAGGAUGAGGAAGGGAAGGUGGAUCUAGAUAAAGUGAUGAUUCUCCACAGGAGAAUGGCAAUGACAUAUGAACAGUAUAAAUUACUCAACCCUAAGAAGCAGACCUCCCAUGACAAAGUCGUGAGGAAAUAUUCCAGCUUUGUGGGGCGUAGUUGUGCCACAAGAAUGUUACUCUACAGAGAUUAGGGUUCACAGGAUUUAAUUUAUUUACUAUUUAUAGUUUUAAGAUUUUUGUCACAUUCACUACUUGAUAUCGUUAUUACUUAACUGAACUCUCUUGUGGAGGAGGAAGGAAACGUUCAUUGGCAUUACCACGGUAGCUAGGGGCAAUGUGCUGAUGAAUAAAGCACAAAAUCUUAUCAAUGUAGAUUUUUCAAGGACACAUAAGAAAGCAAUGCUGUGAAAUAUCUUUCUGAACAUUCAGUAAACCACACCAAUAAACAUAGGAGUUAU